UCUUGCUCACAGUUGUAAUCUCAACACUGAAGGAAGUAAAGGCGUGAAGAUCUCUGGAGAUCCCUGGCUGCCAGUCUAGCCAGAGGGAGACAUAAGCUUCGCCUUUGGUGAGAGACCCUGUUCCAAAUGAACAAGGCAGCUUAGAAGACUACACCGGAGCCCUCCUCUGACUUCUACAUUCACACAUGUUACUAGAGUACAUAUGUGAAUACCGGGGAGCUGGAAUCAUGAGGGACAUCUUUGAAGUUUGACAUCCAGUCCACAGAUACUGACAGGUGGUGGUGAUGCACAACUUUAAUCCCAGCAUUCAGAAGGCAGAGAUAGGCAGAUCUCUGAGAGUUCAAGGCCAGCGUGGUCUAUAGAGAAUUUAAUAAGAAACUCAAGUUUGAUUCAAAUAUUUUUUGAAUUGAAGCCAGAGAUGUAUUAGGAUUUUGAUUCUUUCACUUGUUUAAGGUACAUGGCUAGUGCCUUUCUUACCUGCUGCACAGUAACUGGAGACUAAAUGCUUAACCGGUCCACUUGAGUAUGGUCUGAAUAUGCGUUGUUUGGCAGCUCGGGUCAAUUAUAAGACUUUGAUUAUCAUCUGCGCACUAUUCACUUUGGUCACAGUACUUUUGUGGAAUAAAUGUUCCAGCGACAAAGCAAUCCAGUUUCCUCGGCAUUUGAGUGGUGGAUUCAGAGUGGAUGGAUUAGAAAAAAGAACAGCAGCAUCUGAAAGUAACCACUAUGCCAACCACAUGGCCAAGCAGCAGCAGGAGGAGGCAUUUCCUCAGGAGCAGCAGAAAGCACCCCCUAUCGUUGGGGGCUUCAAUAGCAAUGGGGGAAGCAAGGUGUUAGGUCUCAAAUAUGAGGAGAUUGACUGCCUCAUAAAUGAUGAACACACAAUUAAAGGGAGACGAGAAGGGAAUGAAGUUUUUCUUCCAUUCACUUGGGUAGAGAAAUACUUUGAUGUUUACGGAAAGGUGGUCCAGUAUGAUGGCUAUGACCGAUUUGAAUUCUCUCAUAGCUAUUCCAAAGUCUAUGCACAGAGAGCCCCUUACCACCCUGAUGGUGUAUUUAUGUCCUUUGAAGGCUACAAUGUCGAAGUCCGAGACAGAGUCAAGUGUAUAAGUGGAGUUGAAGGUGUGCCAUUAUCUACACAAUGGGGCCCUCAAGGCUAUUUCUACCCAAUCCAGAUUGCACAGUAUGGACUAAGUCAUUACAGUAAGAAUCUAACCGAGAAACCCCCUCACAUAGAGGUAUACGAGACAGCAGAAGAAAGGGACAGAAAUGUCAGACCUACAGAAUGGACCGUGCCCAAGGGCUGCUUCAUGGCAAGUGUGGCUGACAAGUCUAGAUCCACUAAUGUUAAACAGUUUAUUGCUCCAGAAACCAGUGAAGGUGUGUCUUUACAGCUGGGAAACACAAAAGACUUCAUUAUUUCAUUUGACCUCAAGCUCUUAACAAAUGGGAGUGUGUCUGUGGUUCUGGAGACCACAGAAAAGAAUCAGCUCUUCACUGUGCAUUAUGUUUCAAACACCCAGCUAAUUGCUUUUAAAGACAGGGACAUAUACUACGGCAUUGGGCCCAGAACUUCGUGGAGUACAGUUACCAGAGACCUGGUCACUGACCUCAGGAAAGGAGUGGGUCUUUCCAACACAAAAGCUGUCAAGCCAACCAAAAUCAUGCCCAAAAAGGUGGUUAGGUUGAUUGCAAAAGGGAAGGGAUUCCUGGACAACAUUACCAUCUCAACCACAGCCCACAUGGCUGCAUUCUUUGCUGCUAGUGACUGGCUAGUGAGGAACCAGGAUGAGAAAGGUGGCUGGCCAAUUAUGGUGACCCGGAAGUUAGGGGAAGGGUUUAAGUCUUUAGAACCAGGGUGGUACUCUGCUAUGGCACAAGGGCAAGCCAUGUCUACAUUAGUCAGGGCCUAUCUUCUAACAAAAGACCAUAUAUUCCUCAAUUCCGCUUUAAGGGCAACAGCCCCAUACAAGUUUCUGUCAGAGCAGCAUGGAGUUAAAGCCGUGUUCAUGAAUAAACAUGACUGGUAUGAAGAAUAUCCAACUACACCUAGCUCUUUUGUUUUAAAUGGCUUUAUGUAUUCUUUAAUUGGGCUGUAUGACCUAAAAGAAACAGCAGGGGAGAAGCUUGGAAAAGAGGCGAGAUCCUUGUAUGAGCGUGGCAUGGAAUCUCUUAAAGCCAUGCUGCCCUUGUAUGAUACUGGCUCCGGAACCAUCUAUGACCUUCGCCACUUCAUGCUGGGCAUUGCUCCUAACCUGGCCCGCUGGGACUAUCACACCACCCACAUCAACCAGCUGCAGCUGCUCAGUACCAUCGAUGAGUCUCCAAUCUUCAAAGAAUUUGUCAAGAGGUGGAAAAGCUACCUUAAAGGCAGCAGGGCAAAGCACAACUAGAGCUCAAAACCAAAAGCGCAUUCCAGCCCCUUCUGAACUCAAGGGCUGAGCUCUGUGUCAGUGGCAGAACUCAGCAGCACAUUGCACAUUUAAGAUGGUGUGUGUCUGGGGUUUGUGGGUCACAGCAAUGUGAGAAGAGACCCUUAAAGUUAGUCUUUCUGAAAUGAUUGCAUUCCAUGGGUCAGGUGCUUAGAAAUGUAGGCCCUGAAAGCGUUUAGUCAGUGCGCUGAACAAAGAUGUGAUCUCAGCCCUGAUCAUCACUUAGGCCUCCAUGCAGAGUCAUUCUCAGUCUGUGAAAGAUAAUGGUAAGUGGCUGCUGCUAGCCUGCUGCUCAGCACUUACCUAAAACUUAGUGUGGAGUGCUUUUAAAAUGUGAUUAUUUAUAUUUAUGCUGAAAGCAGGCUUUUAGAAAACAGUGUGCUGUACUGCAGUAAACAUGUGCGUAUAGCCUGGAUUGUGGACUGUGUUUUUUCAGUGUUUCUUUCCUGUAGGUUCAUUUCUUGGGAAGGAGUGAGCAUUUGUUGCAUUUGUUCAAUUAUAUAUGGAAAAUGUUUUGAAUUAUGGUUUUCUUGAACUAUGUAUAUUUAAACACAGCCUGUGUUCAGGUCUCAUGGUCAAAUAACAUAAGCACAACUAAAAUGAAACUUGUUGACUGCACAAGAAAUUACAGACAUGCUAUGUUUUAUGAAACUUGAUCUACAAUCAGUAGAAGUCUGAUAAUCAUCUUCCCCACCUCUGUCCCCAAUGCAAUGUGUCUUUGUCACUGUCUAGAAUGUUGCAUUUCAUUUCAUAUUACACUUUGGUGGUUUUGUCCAUUUUGAGGACAGUACCCAGAGUGUUAAUUAUAAGCCUAAAUUUGUGACAGAUGUAAUGAUUUGAAGCCUACCAUCAUCCCUUUUAGGACUUUUUUCCCCUUAAAGGAAAAUUACUGGGUUAAAUGGUAUGUUAGGAGUCACGGUAAAGUUUUUCCUGCCUGGAUUGUCAUCAUCACUUUUACAUCAUUGCUUCUGUCCUCACUGUUUCUCUGAAACUGAAUUUUGAAUGAUUCCAGCAUUGAAACAGAAGAGAUACUACUGUGUCUACUGUCCGUGUGCCAUCGGAUCUGUAAGGGUUUCAGAGUUCUCAUGCCAUGGACAGUGUCUGUUAUAGGGCUUCAGGCAUUACGUAAAAGCAACAAGGAUUGGUUUUGCCCUGGUUUUUGUUUAUGGUGUGAUAAUAUGGAGAUAGUUAGGUAACAUGAGUCUCACACUUCCUAGGGACAAACAAUGAAGUUUAUCCAGCUAUCUGUCUGAUUCAUGUUUAAGAGCCAGGUGAAUGGUUUGCCCACACAUUGUACUUCUGUUGAAUUCAGCUACCAAGUACUGUUGAAACAGGAAAUAUAAAUAUAUAUGUGUGUGUCUGUGUGUGUGUAUGUAUGUGUAUAUAUAUAUAUAUAUAUAUAUAUAUAUAUAUAUGAUGCAUAGACACACAUGUAAAUGAUAUAUAAAGUAUAUGGGCAUCACAGGAGACAGGAAGAUCUGUACUGAAGAUAAAGACAAUAUUAUACUGUUGAAAAAUAAGUAUAAACUCCCAGUUUAUGUGACCACACUUUAAAUGACCACACCUUGAUUUUGCCUACAGCGAAAUCAGUAUGGUCUUUAGGUUCCCUAGAUUUUACCAUUGUGGUUCUCACACAAGAGGUGUUUCAGCAAGUUCUGAACAUGCACAUUUGUCUCAGCAAUAAAAAUGAGGACUCCCUUUUUAUUUUCAGUACUGAUGUUCAAAACAAGCUUCCCCACAUGGGAGCAUUGUUCACUCUAUCAGAUUUGUUAUUAGAGUGGUCCCGACUUUGCUUUAUGUUUGCAUACUGGUCUUCAGAUGAGAGGGGACAGUGAAAUCAUCAUGGUACUGCUUUUGUGACAAACACCAGUGCCUUACCAAUGUGGUUGUCCUUUUCAACUGAAGAGGGAAAGUUUGUUUUGUUUUGUUUUUGAUGUAGAAAUGGCAGUUUGCUGCUGUUGCUUUUCCACUGCCUUCCACAUUGCAACAGCUACUUGACUUGUCUUGUGAUCCCAGAAUUCCCUAAGAGGUCACAUUGAGCCUGUGACAGCACUGUCAGUGCUUGGCUUCUCAGACUUGAGGAUGCCUCUGUCACCUGGGAGUUUACAAAAUGAGACUCUAGGUGUGCAGGAAGUCUGCCUGCAAAGUGGGAUCUGCAGCAUGUUUAACAGGUGGGGUGAUGCUGCUUUGGGAGAGCUGGGCUUGUGUAGAGAGCACUGCCUGGGACCCAUGCAUUUUUGCCUCCAGAAAAUCUACAAAGUUUCCUCGGUUUUUAAAACAUGUAAAUGUUUACUUAUCCUGAGUAUAGCGAGAAGGGGAGGGUAUUUUAAGUUUUUGUUGUAUUUCUUUAAACUUUUCUUUAAAAAUACUGGUUUGAUUCACUUAUCUGAGUUAGCUUCCAUGUUGAAUCUGUUGCCAUUUUAGUAGUAAAACCAGCCAAAAGUUUCUAGACAAAGGGCAGGUUUGACCCUUUAAGAGUUACUGUAUAUAAUGGCUUCAUUCAAGAGCCACGCAGCGUCCAUGAGCAAGUGCAGAAACGACACAAGCACACUCUCCAGAUGCCGCGGGACUCUUUCCUUUUUGGUGUACAGACUCUCACCAAAAGCUGCUGUUUUCUUUCUUGUAAUUGUUUCCUCGCUUCUCCUCCAUUGUACAUGUGGGGUAUAUGCCAUGUGUCAAAUAUGCAAUAACGUGUUUACCGGAUGCCCUUCUGAAGGGUGGUCCUCUGUAAAGCUGUACAGACUUUGCAGUCCAAGCACAAUGUGCACAUGUUAGUUUUAUAUACAGCGAAACUUGAUUUUUUCAAAUGGAAAGGUAUUUUGUUUCUAUACAAAGUUUAAUGGGUUGUUUGUGCUUAAUGUAAAACUGCUUUAUAAAACUGUAAAAUAAAGUUUUUAUCAUGAAAAGAAA